CAUGACAGUCAGUGCGGCCUUGCAGACUGAAGAGCGCUGCCAACAAAGGCCGAGUCGAUGGGGUUACAAAAAUUUCUUAAUUAGGACUUCUAAAACCCUGUUGUUGUUGUAAUUUUAAUUUUAAAUAGGUUGUGAAUCUGUGAUUACGUUAAGAAAUGUGUGAAUGAUAUAAAUCGUGACGACUAGCAAAGGAGUCAGCUGGUCUACAGUGCGAAUAGUGAAUAAGAAAUGGCGGCCUUGCCAGCAGGUGUUCAGUAUGCGUUAUCAUCGGAGUCUAGUUAUAAAGAAAACAAGGAACUAGUGUUUGUGAAAUUAACGGAUUCAGCAUUGAAAGCUAUAGAAGACUUCAUUAGAAAUAAUAGGGACAAAUUGGCUAAACCUAAAAUACAGUUCCUACCCGGAAAUGAAGGGAAAAUCUGUAUUCCGGCUCCUUCCAGUGGCAAUGGACAGACGGGCGAGUCUACGUUCCACUUCAGUAUCAAUAGCAAUGCAGAAAUGGAGGGUCCACAGGGCUCGUUCGAGUGCGUCAGGAGCGGCGGCGCGAGGCGCCUGGAGGCGUGUGGGCCGCUGCCGCGGAGGAUGCGCGUGCACGCCAAAGACGACUCGUACGAGGCGACCAAGGACCGCAUGUCCAAGACUAUUGCUGCGGAACAGAGCAAAUGUACCCGCGUCAUUAAACCUAACCAAACGGAUAUAGGGCGACGCCUGACACGUCGACCCGCACAUCCGACCUAUUCAAAUGGGCCUUCGGCCCAGUUAGCUGAACGUAGCGAAAGAGAGAGGCCUGAGCGACCGGAGCGACCCGAGAGGCCGGAGCGAGCUGACAGGCCGGAAAGACCUGAGAGACAAGAACGUUCAGAAAGGAUGGAACGUGUGGAGAGGCCGGUUGUAUUGCCAGUCGCGAACCGCGCUCCACCUCUGCAACACCCUCAGCCACACCCCCACCAGCCGCAACGGCCUCCUCCCAACCCCGACUUGACGAGGCGACCCUUAAAAGAAAGACUUAUACAAUUAUUAGCACUGAAACCCUUCAAGAAGCCCGAGUUGUACGCGAGACUCAUGAGCGAGGGUCUCAAGGAAAAGGAACGCAGUAUGGUAAACAAGUUUCUGCCAGAGAUCGGGACGCUCAAGGAUAAUUGUUACCACUUACGUAGGCACAUAUGGAACGAUGUCAAUGAAGAUUGGUCCUUCUAUACCGAGGAAGAGAAACGCAUGCUCAAGAGGCGGAAACCUCAAAAUCUAACACCGCCGCUGAGCAGCGACUCCGCCAACUCGCUGUCGCCGCGCGCCUCGCCCGGCAAGCGCGCCGGCGCCGCGGACGACGCGCCCGCCGUCAAGAAGCAGCGCAUCUCGCACUACCGCCGGCCCUCGCCGCCCUCCUCCGGGUACGCGACCACCUCCUCGGGCGAGCGGCACGCCUCCGACACCGAGGACGACCGCGCCGUGGUUAAAAAGGACAAUGGUUACACACUCAAUUUUACUACAGUCAAGGAUCUCUGUCCCAGUCCUGUCAAGACCAACGGCUUUAGUAGAAGUAGUCCUCCAGUAGAGCAAACAACUAUCACAGUUAAAGACAUCGCAAAUCCGGAACCUAUAGAAAAUACAGCUUUAACGUCUGUGCCUGAAGAGAAUGUGACUGAAUUGGUAGAUCUUGAAAGACAAUACCCGCCAAUAACGUCGUCGUCGACGCGGCGCGCGUACAAGAACGAGUUUGCGACGCUGUACUCCGAGUACCAGGCGCUGUACGAGCGCGUGGCGCGGGUCGCCGCGCUCUUCACGAGCCUCGAGCAACAGCUCAAGCACGCGGAGCCACGGUCCCCGCAGCACCGGAGCAUAGAACAGCGCAUAGUGGAGGAGUACCAGCGCACGCGCAACGACCUCACGUACCAGCGCGACAGGCGGCGCGUCAACUUCCUGCACCGCAAGCUCAACCACAUCAAGCGCAUGGUGCAGCACUACGACCAGCUGCGCCACCUGAAGGCGGAGCGCGUGCCGGCGGCGAGCACGACGCAGGCGUACUGACACGCGCGCCGCGCGACCGUCGUCUCCAGCGCCGCGAGCCAAAUUGCAGUAUUCUAGGUGCCUCGAGAGUGGGAUGAGAUUUGUACUGUCGAUACUCCUAUUGCCUUAAUGUCGGGCCGGCCGUUGAAAGGUGUCGUUGUCGCUGCGAGUUCUGUCCUCAAACGUUAUUUCUUUAUAUUUCGUAUUUGUCGCUGGUUUUAAUAUAAUAAUUUUUUAUAACAGUAUGAAAAAUUUAGUUUACAUACAAAACUUAAAUAUUGACCGUAAUUUUUUUAGUUGUCGGUCACACAGUUUCUGUUAGUUUUUUUUGACUCCUCCUAGCGACAGACUCGUUUGCGACGGCGACAGUCUUCAACGGUUCCCCCGCUAAACUAGAAACGUAGCGAUCGAUUAUGAAAGAUUUAAAUUUUAUCGUAUAAUGUACGAAUCGGUCGAAAUUUUAUAUGUGUAUUUACACACAUAAGCGUUCUGACAAUUUGGUAAAUGUAAGUAUUGUUGUUUGGUCAAAUAUAUUUAGUUAAAAUUGUUACAUUGCAGCUGAAUGUUUUUAAUUUUACGGUUCUUCCAUUAUUUCUAAAAAGGAAACGAUCUAUUUGAAAUGACAAAUCGAGACACCAAGCGCAGGCAUACUCGUAUGCCUUCGCCUUACCGGAUAUGAGGGCCCAUAUUGAAUUUUAAGAAAACAUUUAUAAACCUAGCUAAUUAUAUUAUUACAUAUUUUCGGACAUUAAUUGUAUUAAAUGUAUAUCAAACUAUUUUUUUACCAAUGGCUUGUAUAUUUCUGCUUUAAUUACUUUCUCCUUCGGAUAAUGAAAUUUCAUGUUAAUAGAUUAUUGAUUAAAGCAGAAAGCUACAAAAUAAGGUUAAUAAUAUUGUACCAUAAUGUUAUUUGCUAUUGUUAGUAGUGAAGGAUCUUGACGAUCGCAAGCGACAUUUCAAUGUUCUAUAGGUCCUUAUCUUUGUUUUUUAUCAUUGGUUUUUAUAAUGUAAAUAUCUGAAAACUUAUAUAUUUUAAUAAACGAAUAAGUACAUAAUAGUCCAAUAGUAGAUGAUUGUUCGUCCACACUUUAUUCCACACUAUAAAUAUUGCCGUCUGAUGUUAUUGUUGUCCAAAUAAAAUUCACUUAUAAAGUUGCCAGCGUUUACCCUCAAUAUCAUUUCUCUUAUACAUCGCCUUUAAAAGGAUGGAUCGAUUGUCAAUAAUUUCAAUUUUGAUGUCAAUUGAGAGAACUUGACCAUUAAAAAUUUAAAAACACUGUCGAUUAUAUCUUUGACGCUAUAUCGUCCCCUUCGCUUCUAAACAAUCCAUCCAUUUUUUAAUGUUGGACGUUCAUUUUGUACGCGUCUUGCCCAGCUUGCAUGUUGUAUAUAGUAACAUAUAGAAAGAUAUAUCAUGUUCUUGUUAAAUUUUAACGUGGGUAGUGUAAUAUUUUCAGUUUUUUCCUCUUUAUUAAUAAUAUAAUUACACAUUAUUAUUAUAUUAAUAUUUGUUCAACUGUUUUGACUCGGUCGUGUCAUUGACGUUAAAAGAUCUUGUAAAUAUCUCAAUGGCUUUAAAACAAACACUCAUUGAUGUCACAAAUUAAACUCUCGAAAGAGAUGAACAAUUAGUUAUAAAAAAAUGUCGGAAAUGAUACGACCGAGAUUGAAUACGUAUACGUGGUCAUAGUUUUUGCCAAAAUUAUAAAUACAUAUUAUAUUUAAUUAGUUUUUAAUUACUAAAAAACGUCUCGAGUUAGCAACAACCGGCCAGUGUUGAACAUCCACUAGAAGUAAGGAAACAUUCUGGUCCUCUUCAGAAUAACCCUCCAAUUCACAAUAAAAUGUAGUUUUUUUAGUCUGCAUUGGGAUUUUUCGAUGUAUAAUGGAGCCUUUUUCAACCUUGCUUGUGAAUAUAUGUACUUCUAUAAAUCAAUUAAAAUUUAAUUUUAAUACAUUCGAUUAUUAUUAUCAAAUUUAGUUUUAACAAUGAGCUACCUGUUUUAAAUUUACUUACGAAUUUACUUACUUUACGUUCUCGAAAGAGAGCUCCGUCGUAAACCCAAUGUAAGAAAAGCCGUCUUUCGUAUUUUGUCCUAAAACUAACGUCCAUAUUUUUGAAAAUGAUUUAGCGUUAAGUAAUUCUGAUUGAAUCAAUGAAAUAAAUUAGUUUUUGUGAGUCCACUGUAUCCGAUACGGAAUCAUUAUAAGCUGCAAAAUCGUCAAAGUUAAAGAUUGUAAAAAUGUGGUCAAUAUCUUGUUUUAAAAAGUUGAUGUACAGAGCGAUAAUUUGUUUUUGUUCAUUCAUUUAAUGCUUGUCCAAGUAAAUUUUUAAGAUAAUCAUUACUAUUAAACAGCUUCAUAUUGAAUUAAAAUUGACUACAUUUUUAACAUCUUUAAGAUAAUGCGGCUUCAUAAUGGAAGUCCUUAUUUUUUACUAUCAUCUUAAAAUUGUUUUCGUAUAAUGUAUAUAACUACUGAUUUGUUAUGAAUUCGUAUUUAAUAUAUAUUUUCUAAUAUAUAUACUAGCGUAACACAUUGAUGUAGGUUUACGAAACCUUGUUAUUGAUGCUGUUGUUUCAGUUAAUUUUUGUCAAUUAAUAUGUCAAACGGCGUUGCUAUUUCACUAUUUGUUUUUUGUAAAGAAUACGGUCAAUUGUUUUGUACGUAACGACACAAUGUUUACCUAUGUAUGUAAUUAAAUUGGUCAAUUUUAACACAAGUAAGUGCCCUUUGUUUGCUCACACGUUUGUUAAUUUUAUCAUUUUACUCAUAAAAAUGCUCAAUAUUGCGGUCAUGAUAUUAGAUAAUUAAACUUCGCUUUGGAAUAUUAA